AUGGAUGCCCAGGAAGCUGAACAAGAUUCUGGCGUCGAUGAGUCCAGCCAAUCCGAAUGCUCAGAGACUACGUCUACCUCGGAACUACCGGCCGAGAUAUAUGAUCCCUUUGGCGACUUGAGUCCCUCGGAACGCUCUGAAAUCAUUUCCAAGGCUCUUGCCCGAUAUGAGCAACGGAUGAAGAACGACAACGAGCGCAUCCUCAAGCGCGUACUGGACACCAUUGCAAAGACCGACGGCACCGAAGAACUCCAUCUCGACAUGCUAGCAACACACUUGGACAGACACACAACUAGAAGACUUGAAGCCAGGACUCGUACCGACGCACUCGAGAACACCACUGAGGACUGGGAUCCCAACAUUACUCGACUCAGCGACUUUACCUCGGAGGACGGGGCNCUGGCUUCGUGGCCAGAUUCCGAGAAACUACCGGACCACCUCACAGGCUUCUUGGACGAUCUCGAACUUGCCGUGCGCAACAAUGCAUCCAGGGAGCUGUUGGGGGAUGCCGCAGUAGACAACCUGCAACUCCCUGCUGAGUUUGUAGAGUUCAGCAAACAAUGUGGAGGGUUGUGGUAUGCCAAUUACGAGCGCGAAAGCUUCUACUGUGAUUUUGCUUCACAACAUUACCAGCCUGAUGAACUUGCACAGCCAUUGGAUAAGAUAACGGAAUGGUCUGGCGGAAGGUACGACUUCGAAUUCGCGGCAGGUUGGCUAGCGGGCAAAAACUACUACCAUUGCGUCAUCUACUAUGCUCUAUGCCAACGUCUCGAUGAGCCAGAUGAACCCUGGCGAUGGAGAGUUUUCGUAAACAACUGGGAGUGUCCUGACUGGCAAGGGCCUUUUGACGACCUCUUUGGGUUUCUGGACUGGUAUUGCAGCAGGUACGAUCAAGUGCCUUGGGACAGCGUACAGUACAGCAUCGAGAGUAUUCAUUGGAAGUGCAAAGAAGCCUUUGAGGAAGAAGAAUAG